UGCUCAUAAAUUCUUAUUUUAUUCAGUGGGUUAUACUCCAUUACUAUUAUUAUUUAUUUUGAUGAUCAAAUUGGCUUAGAUUUGACCAGAGGUAACCCCUGGUUCUUAUAUCCUUUUUUUUAAACUGAGCUAUAAUUCACAUUAAAAUUUACCUAGAUUUUUAGAAAACAAACAAAAACAAAAAACAGGAAAAGAGAACAAUAAAAUAAAAUUCACUGUUUUCAAGUGUACAGUUUAGUGGUUUGUAGUAUAUUUACAUAAUUGUACAGUCAUUACCACUCACUAAUUUCAGAACAUACUCAUCACUCCAAAAACAACCCUGCCCAUUAAUAAUCACUCCAUUUCUCCUUCUCCCUCAGCCCCUGGCAACCGCUAAGCUGCUUCCUCCUGAUGGGCUUACCUAUUCUGGACACUUCCUAUAAAUGGAGUCAUACAACAUGUGGUCUUUUAUGUUCUUUCACUCCGCAGGUUUUCAAAGUUCAUCCCUGUUGAAUCAUUACUUCAUUCUUUUUUAUGUGCUGGGUCUUAUGGUACCUCUCUGUUUGACUUUUUGAGGAACUGGCAAACUAUUUUUCAGAGUAGCUGCAACAUUUCACAUGCCCACCAGCAAUGUGUGAGUUCCAGUUUCCCCACAUCCUCACCAACACUUGUUAUUACCUGUCUUUUUGAUGAUGGCCAUCCUAGUAGGAGUAGGUGGGUGGCCCAGCCACCACCUCCUGUUUGUAUUUGUCAGGACUCAUUCAGUUACAAGUGACAGGAGCCCAGCCCACAUAGCUUAAAUAACAGACAAACAAAAGGGAGAGGGUGCUGGGUUUAUAGACUCAGGUGACUGAUAGGUUCAGCCCAGCUGGGUCUAGGUGCUCAGGUGAUACCCUCAAUCUACACUGGAUUCCUUCUCAGAGCAGUGGUCCCCUGAGGUGGCCAUGGUGCUCCGGCAGCCUCAGUUUGUUUAAUAACCUGGCAGAAUGCGUCUGUCUCCCAGGGCUUCUGAUCUUGGAGCUGAGAUGCUCCCUGGCCCUCUUGGCUCACGUUCCCUUCCUUGUGUCAUGUUUCCUUCCCUGAACUGAGGUGCUGCCAUCUAAAGAAGGGGCGUAGAUGCUGGGCUGGAAGGAAUGACCCCAUGCCCUGUCUGUCCUCCUCUGUUCCAAGUCUCACAUGCUCUUGGUGGUUGGUGUGGCUCCAGCCCAGCCAGAAAGGGGGAAAUCACUGUGAGCCUGGAAUCCAGAGCCAGAAGUGUCCCUGAGCUUCCCUGGAGACCAUGGCCUGCCUGGUGUCCUCUGGGCAAAUAAGGGCAUUAACAAGUGGACAGCGCUUUAUGGUUCAGAGUCUUCCCGCAUGGCAUCUCCCUCAAGAUAAGGAGCCAUCCGCUGUGGUGGUGAGGCACGCGGGCUUCAGAUCUCUCACUGCUGUGAGAUCUGGCGAGUUACUUCCUCGGCUUCCUCGGCUAUAGGACGGGAUCCUUAGAGUGCCCCUUGCAGAGCAUGAUGAUGAGGAAAUGAAGACUCCAAGAGAUGAACCGGCUUGUCCCACUUGACCAAUUCCAAGUCAUGCAGUUAAAAAGUGGCAGAAACAGGAGGAGAAGCUGAGUCUUUCAGUCUGCAGUUCAGGGCUCCUUCCUGGGCCUCCGUGCUGACAUUUAGAAUAAGGAGGCUGGGACAAGGUCUGCUCCUCUGGGUCCCAACUCAUUGCCAGUGUUUCUCUGCAGCCCUCCAGGGGACCCCUCUCUCAGCCACCCUCUCCCUGGUGAUGUCCCAGUGCUGCCAGAAGAUAAAAGACACCGUGCAGAAACUGGCUUCGGACCACAAGGACAUUCACAGCAGUGUCUCCCGAGUGGGCAAAGCCAUUGACAGGAACUUUGACUCUGAGAUUUGCGGUGUAGUCUCCGACGCGGUGUGGGACUCGCGGGAGAAGCAGCAGCAGAUCCUGCAGAUGGCCAUCGUGGAGCACCUGUACCAGCAGGGCAUGCUCAGUGUCGCCGAGGAGCUGUGCCAGGAAUCAACGCUGAACGUGGACUUGGAUUUCAAGCAGCCUUUCCUGGAGUUGAAUCGAAUCCUGGAAGCUCUGCACGAACAAGACCUGGGGCCAGCACUGGAGUGGGCCGUCUCCCACAGGCAGCGCCUGCUCGAGCUCAACAGCUCCCUGGAGUUCAAGCUGCACCGACUGCACUUCAUCCGCCUCCUGGCAGGCGGCCCCGAGAAGCAGCUAGAGGCCCUCAGCUACGCCCGGCACUUCCAGCCCUUUGCUCGGCUGCACCAGCGGGAGAUCCAGGUGAUGAUGGGCAGUCUGGUGUACCUGCGGCUGGGCUUGGAGAAGUCCCCCUACUGCCACCUCCUGGACAGCAGCCACUGGGCCGAGAUCUGCGAGACCUUUACGCGGGAUGCUUGUUCCCUGCUGGGGCUUUCCGUGGAGUCCCCCCUCAGCGUCAGCUUUGCAUCUGGCUGUGUGGCGCUGCCCGUGCUGAUGAACAUCAAAGCUGUGAUUGAGCAGAGGCAGUGCACCGGGGUCUGGAGUCACAAGGACGAGUUACCGAUUGAGAUCGAACUAGGCAUGAAGUGCUGGUACCACUCAGUGUUCGCGUGCCCCAUCCUCCGCCAGCAGACGUCAGAUUCCAACCCUCCCAUCAAGCUCAUCUGUGGCCACGUUAUCUCCCGAGAUGCACUCAACAAGCUCAUUAACGGAGGAAAGCUGAAGUGUCCCUACUGUCCCAUGGAGCAGAACCCCGCAGAUGGCAAACGCAUCAUAUUCUGAUUCCUGCCUGAACUUUGCCGAAAGAGAUUUUUCAUCCAAGAGCCUCGGCCUGUCUCGGUAGGGGUGGUUGGCUUCCAUGGACUGUGGCUCAUUUCAGAGCAACUGGCUGAGGAGUGCCACCACGGGCAGGGGCCAAGGCGGGAGGUGAAGCAUCCUGCACUGGGCAGCUGGCUCCGUGGCUCUGAGGGCAGGGAGACGCUGGCCUCUAUACCUGCUGUCUCUCCCUGUUUAUUUUUGCUGCUUAGUAGCAACCGACAGAGGAGCAGAGGGCUUGGCCAGUACAGCGGAUGUCUCCCGUCCCUGUGCUCAGCCGGGUCUGUGACCGCCACACCAGUGCCAGCCUCACAGCUGCGUGUCCACGUCCCACUGUAAAUAGUCCACGUUACAACCUGACGCCUUCGUUUUAUAACUGAGCAAAUAUAUUCACAGGCCUCCUUCCUGCGC